GGCUCCUUUUGUCUCGCAGCAUCUCCCUCCUUUUCUGGACGGAAGGCGGGGACCCGGGGCUCCGCCUCUGACGUCGGGGCGCUGGUGGCCUGCUGCAGGAAGAAGCACACUGCACAGUGGCUGCACCAGGGCACAGUGGCUGCUUGAGGUGGACGCGGCAGCAGGUGCUGGACGACCUGGAGGAAGAAACAUGAGACCCUAGCAGGUCGCCCCAGAAGGGAGUUUCAUGAUGGCGGCUCAGCGGAUCCGAGCAGCCAACUCCAGCGGCCUCCCCCGGUGCAGGUCCGAGGGGACCCUCAUUGACCUGAGCGACGGAUUCUCAGAAGCGAGCUUUAACGAUGUCAAAGUGCCUUCUCCCAGUGCCUUGCUCGGAGACAAUCCCACGCCUUUCGGCAAUGCGAAGGAAGUGAUCGCAAUCAAGGACUACCGCCCAGACAACUUCACCACCCUGAAGUUCUCCAAGGGCGACCACCUCUACGUGCUGGACACGUCGGGCGGGGAGUGGUGGUACGCACACAACACCACGGAGAUGGGCUACAUCCCGUCCUCCUACGUGCAGCCCCUAAACUACCGGAACUCCACGCUGAGCGACAGCGGCCUGAUCGACAACCUUCCCGAAGCCCCCGACGAGGUAGCCAAGGAGUUGGAUUUGCUCGGAGGGUGGACAGAGGACAAGAAGGGAUCGGGCAAAACCUACAGCAACAACCCUUUCUGGAACGGGGUCCAAACGAACCCAUUUCUGAAUGGGAACGUGCCGGCGGUGCCCGGCGUGGACGAGCUGACCCCCAGAAGCGCCGUGGAUUUGCUGCUCUUUGACACAGGCACGCCCUCCUUCACCGAGUCCAGCUCGGCCACCACGAACAGCACCGGCAACAUCUUCGACGAGCUGCCGGCCGCCCAUCAGCUGCACGCCGAGCCGCCGGCCAGGCGGGACAACCCGUUCUUCAGGAGCAAACGUUCCUACAGUCUGUCAGAACUGUCCGUCCUGCAAGCCAACUCCGACGCGCCCGCGUCUUCGGGGUUCUUCACGGGCCUGAAGUCUCCGGCCCCCGAGCAAUUCCAGAGCCGGGAGGACUUCCGAGCCGCCUGGCUGAGCCACCGGAAGCUGGCUCGGUCUUGCCAUGACUUGGACCUGCUGGGCCAGAGCCCCGGGUGGGGCCAGACGCAGGCGGUGGAGACGAACAUCGUGUGCAAGCUGGAUAGCUCCGGGGGCUCGGUGCAGCUCCCGGACACCAGCAUCAGCAUCCACGUGCCCGAGGGCCACGUGGCGGCAGGGGAAACGCAGCAGGUGUCCAUGAAGGCGCUGCUGGACCCCCCCCUGGGCCUCAACAGUGACAGGUGCAGCAGCGUCAGCCCGGUGCUGGAGGUGAAGCUGAGCACGCUGGAGGUGAGAACCUUCCUCGUCUUGGAGAUGAAAGUUUCGGCCGAGGUGAAAAACGACAUUUUUAGCAAAAGCACGGUGGGCCUCCAGUGCCUGAGGAGUGACUUGAAGGAAGGGCCAUAUGUCCCCGUCCCACUCACCUGCAGCUAUGGGGACACGGUCCAGGUGCAUCUGGACAACCUGGAGCCCUGUAUGUACCUGGCCAUGGUUGCUCACGGCCCGAACAUUCUCUACCCUUCCACCGUGUGGGACUUCAUCCAUAAAAAAGUCACCGUGGGUCUCUACGGCCCCAAACACAUCCACCCAUCUUUCAAGACAGUGGUGACCGUCUUUGGGCACGACUGUGCCCCGAAGACCCUGCUGGUCAGCGAGGUCACCCGCCAGGCCCCGAGCCCUGCCCCCGUGGCCCUGCAGCUCUGGGGCAAGCACCAGUUCGUGCUGUCCAGGCCCCAGGACCUCCAGGUGUGCAUGUUUUCCAACAUGACCAACUACGAGGUCAGAGCCGCUGAGCAGGCCAAGGUCGUGCGAGGCUUCCAGGUGAAGCUGGGCAAGGUGAGCCGCCUCAUCUUCCCCAUCGCCUGCCAGAACCCCGGCGAGCUCUCCGACUUCACCCUGCGGGUCCAGGUGAAAGACGACCAGGACGCCCUCCUGACCCAGUUCUGCGUCCAGACUCCCCAGCCGCCCCCCAAGAGCGCCCUCAAGCCGUCCGGGCCAAGACGGUUUCUCAAGAAGAACGAGGUGGGGAAAAUCAUCCUGUCCCCGUUUGCCGCCACCACCAAGUACCCGACCUUUCAGGACCGCCCGCUGUCCAGCCUCAAGUUCGGCAAGCUGCUGAAGACCGUGGUCCGGCAGAGCAAGAACCACUACCUGCUGGAGUACAAGAAAGGGGACGCCGUCGCCCUGCUCAGCGAGGAGAAGGUCCGGCUCAGGGGCCAGCUGUGGACCAAGGAGUGGUACAUCGGCUACUACCAGGGCAGGGUGGGCCUCGUGCACGCCAGGAACGUGCUGGUGGUGGGCAGGGCCAGGCCCAGCCUCCUGGCCGGGCCCGAGCUCAGCACCUCGGUGCUGCUGGAGCAGAUUCUGCGACCCUGCAAGUUCCUCACCUACAUCUACGCCUCGGUCAGGACGCUGCUGAUGGAGAAUGUCAGCAGCUGGCGCUCCUUCGCCGACGCCCUGGGCUACGGGGACCUGCCGCUCACCUUCUUCUGCCGGGCGGAGCUGGACAGCGAGCCGGAGCGGGUGGCGUCCGUCCUGGAGAAGCUGAAGGAGGACUGUAACAACAUGGACAGCAAGGACCGGAAGUCCUUCCAGAAGGAGCUCAUGAUGGCCUUACUGAAGAUGGACUGCCAGGGCCUGGUGGUCAGACUCCUCCAGGACUUCGUGCUGCUGACCACGGCCGUCGAGGUGGCACAGCGCUGGAGGGAGCUGGCCGAGAAGCUCGCCAAGGUGUCCAAGCAGCAGAUGGACGCCUACGAGUCUCCGCACCGGGACCGGAACGGGGUCGUGGACAGCGAGGCCAUCGGGGACAGCUACCGCGAUGUCAUCCAGGAGCUGCACACGGGCCUGGACAGGAUGAAGAACCCCAUCACCAAGCGCUGGAAACACCUCACGGGGACCCUGAUCCUGGUGAACUGUCUGGACGUUCUGAGAGCAGCUGCCUUCAGCCCCGCGGACCAGGACGACUUCGUGAUCUGAAGUCCCCCCCGCCUGCUGCUUUCCUGGGGCGCACGCCCUCCGGCCGCCCUGGCUGCCCGUGCGGUCUCGUGGAGCUGGACUGGAGGAAGGGCCCGCCACUCGGACAGGUCCAGAGUCGCUCCCGCCGGCCCACACCCCAGGACCACCACCCCCCAUUGUGGGGGGCCUGGAGGGAGUUUGCGCUGCAGGUCAUUGCCAAUCAAAGAGCUUUCUAUUUGUUACGUAUAAGUUCAACUUUGAAAUCGCUUUUUUUAUAGUAGGGGGCGGAGGGCACCUGUGAAAAUGGUGGUAUCUAAUUUUUUAAUGGACCGUAAAGGUAAAAACAAACAAACAAACAAAAAAACCAACAGGGGCUGGUGAGGCUUUUAUGUUCUAUGAAGAUCUUUUUAAAUUAUGCUACGAUGUACAUAUGUAUUUAAGAGUCGCCGGGGGCACCCCUUCUUCCCAGACUCCCUGCGUUCCGGCGCCCGGCACGGGAGGGUGCUCGUUCGCGGGCUGGGCCGUCGCACUCUGUACCUGUGAAGAGUGAACCGCGGUGUUUCAGUGCGUGCAGCUCAGGCCCGUCCUCUCUGAGAACGUGGGGGGCCCUGCUCUCCCCGCCAGUGUUUAGCGUGGUCCCUGCCUUUGCCACCCCAUGCGGUAAACGACCCGCCACAGCCCACGUGGACCUUUCUGUGGGCAAAGUGAAGGCCGACCUGAGUCCCUGCCGCCCUGGACGUGACGUGCUGGGUGAUGGCGACCUUUGCGGCCCGGCCCAGGUGCCGUCGGUCAGGCGAGGGGCUCCUGCGGGGCUCAGCCAUCGCCGGCACGUUCGCCCUGGGGCCAGGGACUGCUCCCUGCGGCGUUCCCCUCCGGUGGGCACGAAGGAACUUCGCCACGAGGGACGCGCUGUGCUGUGUGCAAAGGUGCCUGCUGCCGUUUGCCAAACUUCACUCGGUCUAAAAUUUAACCCCUCUCCCCUCGCAGUCCACACGUGUCUCCUUGGAAAUGAUAAGUAUGAAGAGACCAUUUUCAUUGAUAACAUAAAGACUUUUCUAAGCGAGAUGAUCAUUUUCUGAACGAAUAUGUUUCCCACGUGAAAUCUGGGGCUUGGCCGUGUUGCUCUGAUAAGCUGGCCCAUUGUAGAUCGACUCGCCGUGUUGAAUCCCACGAUUGCAUUGUAGUCGUGACAUCUUACAAGGGAGUGAGGGGCAGGUCUGAGGCCAGUCCACAGAGCUGGUCCCCCGGAGGGUGCCAGGACACACGCUGUGUGAAGUGGUGUUGGGCCGCUUGGGGUUCCGAGUGUCAUUCUCUAAACGUGCUUUCUUGGAACUCAUUAAUUACUUACUAUAAUCCAUGUAUCACCCCUUAUUGAGCUGAAACAUUCUUAUGUAUCUGUCGACUCAGUAACUGAAGAUAAACCGGCUAGAACAAAACCACGUGAAAAAAAAAAAACCACGAUAUGUUUUAUGCUGCAAGAAGCAGGACACACAAUCCCCCAAUCGUCACAGGAAAUACCCUCCGAUUCUGCUUCUCGACUCUCUGCUUCAUCCUUCUCAGAAGUCAUCUCCCGCCUUUUCCCCAAAGAAGCAGCAAAACCAGUUGCACCUUAAACCAUGGAUAUUGUUCCUCAGGGGCUUAAAAUAGUUUCCUAUGCAACACGUCUUGUAGCACAAAUUAAAUUCUACAAACGUUACAGUAAAUUUUAUUUGGCUAUUUUAACCUA